CAAAUAAAUAAAUAUAAUCGUUUCAAAUAUUUCGCGAAUCUGUGGAAACGAUUAUAUACUAUUUAUUAUCAGGAUUUACCGAUUGAGUCAGAGCUGUGGACUGUAGUAGCGAAGUUAGUAGCGCAGCGGACAACACCGCGAACCGUCGUCUCCAAGCGUGUUAUUGAUUACGUCAUACAAGUUCUGUGUUUGUGAUGUGGACACCGAACGAUGGGAACAACAUCGAGGAACGAGGACGAGUGAACAAUGGCUCGGAUUUGGUCGUCAUGGACGAGAGGGCGAUCGCGGCUGCGAUGCCUGUACCUAAUGUCGCGACCCUCAACGUCACCAAGUCUUCCAAAGUUCACAUCGGCCCUAAGUUCGUCUCCGUCACCCAGAAUGUCCAGAACGCAGAGAUGGUUAAAGAAUUACCCCUACCGCGGUACCUCUGGAACGUGGUGAAGAACAGUUCGAGGACCGAAAGACUGGUCUGCGCUGCCGCCCUGAUCGUGCUCAUCGUCUGCAUUACUCUCAUCGUUCAUUUCACAGUACAGAGCACGAAAUCUGGGAGUGGUGGGGAUAGACCUCCACACGAAUGGAACAUAACCCGUGAGAUGUGGCUAGCACAGUCGUUCAACUCGUCAGACAUACACGAAAAGUUCGAACCAUUGAUGUUGGUAAUUGUCCAACAUACAGUGAGCGGGGAGUGCACGAAGUUUGCUCAAUGCGCUGCUGAACUACGCACCAUGCAGGGCUGGUACAUCGCACUCCACCAUUAUGAUAUUCCAUAUAAUUUCAUUAUCGGGAAUGACGGCCGUGUAUACGAAGGACGCGGGUGGAAUAAGGAAGGUGCUCACACUCUCGGCUAUAAUAGGUGCUCUGUGGGAAUAGGUUUCGUUGGAGAUUAUCGAGGAGAGAGACCACAUCAUACUCAAGUAACGGACUUGCAGUUAAAUAGAACACGAAUGUUACUAGAGGAUGGAGUAAGAAUGGGAUAUCUUCGACCCGAUUUCUUAAUCGUCGGUGCAAGGGACAUCCAAGAUACAGCAAGCCCGGGAUCGAACCUCUUACAAGCUCUGUAUUUAUUUAAUAACUACGAUCAUAAACACCGAUUUCGCGGCUUAAACUGCACUCAGAUACAAGAAAAGUUUGGAGAUAAACCUCUUCAGAUCUAGAAUAAGAGCAGGGAGGCUAAUGAAAUCAUAACUAGUUUCUAUUUUUGUUGUUCAAUUUUAGGGAUCAAACAAACAUACGUCGCUGUUGACGUCUUAUUGUAGUCUGGUCGUAGUCACGUACGCAUCAAAAGCAAAAGGUUAGACAACAAACGAAAAACGAAGGGGGUUUAACUUUAGCAUUUUGAUGAGUUUUUAAAUCAUUCGAUAAGUAUAAUAUAAUUUUAACUAACAAAUAUUUUAAAAAAUAUACAUUCGAUAAAAAAUUAUUUAAAAUUUUUAAUGUGCAUAAGUUUGUUUUUUGUGCUUAUUGCGUGUUUUUGCAAAAUAUACUGCCAGUCUUACAUUUUUUCUUGCAAGAAAAUUUUGUUAUAAUUGUGCGAGACAACUUUUCAACCCCACACAUAAAAAAAUAUUUCGUCAAUCAAGUUUAUACUGUGAACCAUACCCGAUACCAUAUCACGAGAUUUUAAAUGAAAUACCAACCUUGAUGCGGAAUCUUCUGAAAAUACCAUUACUGAACUAGUCCAAUGGAAUUUUUAUUUUAAUUUACCUGAAGUGAUGUAAUAUAAUUUCAAUUGCAACUACUGUGAUAACAAAAUUGCACGUGUGACAUUUUAUACUAAUUUAGUAAUAAUAUCUCGAUUUUAAAUUUUAUGGCCUAUUUUUUAUUAUUUGGUAAAUUUAUGUAUUUCGUUAUUUAAUGAAUGGGAUGGAAUUUUAAUAAAUAAACUCGUACAAGCUUUAUUAAAAAAUGAUUUAUUACAUCAAUGUACUCAAAUUAUAUUGUAACCAACACAGCGUCCUAAACUCUGUGCAAUCGCUAGUGUGGGACGGUCUUAAAAUUAUACCAUCACAGACUAACAAAUCAAUUUUAAUAAUUGCUUGUAAAAUAAAAAUGCAAUUAAGAACAAAGUAGAAAAUGUAAUUGUCAUUAUUUAUUUCUGUUCAUUUAAAAUAAUCUGAUAAUUGUCAACAUAAGAGAUAACGACGAAUUUAUUUUGAAGUAAAUAACCAAAUAACUUAUCCAAUGAUCGAUCGACUCAACUUUUAAAAACUUGCAGACUAAUUGUUAUAAUUGCGAAUAUAUCUGAAGAAUGUAUAUAUUAUUUAAAUGAAAUAAACGAGCAAAUCUGUUUGAUGAUUGAUGGACUCCAAGAAGAGAAUCUAACAAUACAGUAGUCUGGACCCUUACUUCAUUAUGUUUGCGAUGCACUUAGUCAUACAUAUCAGUACAAAACAUGAAGCACUGUAUUGUAAGGCUUGUGACAACGAUAAAACUAUUUCAUAUUUUACAGUAAAUUGUUGUUUGUCGGCUCGUAAGCAGCUGUUGCAGUUUCUUCGUGUUUCCUCGUCUGUAAAUAAACUGUUAUCAUUCGGUCAACGGUUCUAAGUUGUGUUGUGGUUUUCCACGAAUCAGAUUACAACAGCACACAUGUAGACCCGCCACGCAUUGAUGUAGCCACGCUAUACGUUGAAUUAUAUUGUAUGAUAAUGUUUAGCCUUUAUUGGUACAUAUUUCAUGUCAAAAUAUUCAGAGGUAUUUACAUUUAUAUAUUCAAAACAACAGCGAUUUUUAUAUAGUAGUUAAAGAAUAUAAAAUAAGUUAUGUAAUGAUCUACGAUAUUAUAUUUUUGCUGUAAUGUGUGUUAUUUGUCGAGUCGAGAUGAUCCAGUGGUUUGAAAGCGUGCAUCUUAACUUCUCUUCUGAAAGCGGAGAGACACCCAGGCCAGCUGCAUUGAAUUUUCAUGUGCUUAAUUUGUUUAUCAUUCGCUUCGUGCUCGGCGGUGAAGGAGAAUCGUGAACAAACAUACAUGUGCAUCUAAUUUCAAUCAAAUUCUACUACAUGUGUAUCAACCCGCAUUGGUGUAGUCUAGUGGACAGAGUUCCAAAACCUCCUCAAAUGUAUAAGUGGCCUUAGCCCAGCAGUGGGGCAUUUACGACCUUUUAAUUUACUAUUACAUACUUUACAGUUUAAUGUUUGUUAUUUACAAAAUGUAUGUACCAUAUACCUACAUUUUAAACAUUGGAAGUACGAAUGAAACCAUAAAAUAAUUAUAUCUGCGUCUAUAUCAUAGUAGAUGAUAUUAUGUAUAUAUUUCAAUUAAAUUCUACUACAUGUGUAUCCAUAGGUUACUCACCAAGCAACACGUAUGUAAUGUUAAAAAAAGGUAUCAAUGAAUACAAUUAUAAAGGUGUCAGUACUCUGUAAUACUUACCGAUACAAUAUUGGAUUGGUGAGUAUCCUCCUUUAGAAAAUAUGUCGUCGUAGAUAAUAUAAAAAUUACAUUGCUACAGAGAGCAGUUAUAAGACUUUAUAGAAUAAGGAAAUACUAUGUUUUUUAUUUACUAUAAAUAAU